AUGAGUACCGCACUGACGCAUCUUAGUGGUGGAUACGUAGCCGACCACACUGGUGGAUUGAACCUCCUCUAUCCACUGACGGCAAUUUCAGGCAUACUCUGCCUUACCUUGUGGCUUCUAUCCACCAACGUCAGCAUGAUCGUAGCCUUUGCCUGCUUAUAUGGUUUCUGCUCGGGAAUCUUCAUCAGCGUCACACCAUCCGUGACCGUCAGGCUCUCUCCGGAGGACAAGGUUGGUGCCCGGCUGGGCGCAUUUUCUAUCUGGAGUGCAAUCGGUGUCUUCACCGGCACGCCCAUUGGCGGAGCUUUCGUUCGACAAGGAACGCCGGAAGAGUAUCAACACCUGGUCAUCUUCACCGGCAUGUGUCUGACCGCCUCAGCUGUUUUGCAAUUUGUGGCGCGCAUCCUCUGUGACAGAGACCUGCGCAAGAAGUGGUAG